CGCGGGCUUGGAAUAUGGUUGGGGAAAUGGAAACCAAGGAGAAGCCGAAGCCGAGCCCCGAUUACCUGAUGCAGCUGAUGAACGACAAGAAGCUGAUGAGCAGCCUCCCCAACUUCUGCGGGAUCUUCAACCACCUCGAGAGGCUGCUGGACGAAGAAAUUAGCAGAGUACGGAAAGACAUGUAUAACGACACAUUAAAUGGUAGUACGGAGAAGAGAAGUGCAGAAUUACCAGAUGCUGUGGGACCUAUUGUACAGUUACAAGAGAAACUAUAUGUGCCUGUAAAAGAAUAUCCAGAUUUUAACUUUGUUGGAAGAAUCCUUGGACCCAGAGGACUAACAGCUAAACAGCUUGAGGCAGAAACAGGAUGCAAGAUAAUGGUCCGAGGGAAGGGUUCCAUGAGGGACAAAAAGAAGGUCUCCUUUAAGAGCAGAGAAAACCAUGAUCCAGCAGUUUUGGAGGUAGAGGCAAAACAGAACAGAGGCAAGCCCAACUGGGAACACCUGAAUGAAGAUUUACAUGUACUUAUCACUGUGGAGGAUGCUCAGAACAGAGCAGAAAUAAAGCUGAAGAGGGCUGUUGAAGAAGUGAAAAAGUUACUGAUACCUGCAGCAGAGGGAGAAGACAGCCUUAAAAAGAUGCAGCUGAUGGAGCUUGCAAUUCUGAAUGGCACCUACAGAGAUGCCAACAUCAAAUCACCAGCCCUUGCCUUUUCUCUUGCAGCAACAGCCCAGGCUCCAAGGAUUAUUACUGGGCCUGCGCCUGUUCUCCCACCAGCUGCCCUGCGUACUCCUACGCCAGCUGGCCCUACCAUAAUGCCUUUGAUCAGACAAAUACAAACCGCUGUCAUGCCAAAUGGAACUCCUCAUCCCACCGCUGCAAUAGUUCCACCUGGACCCGAAGCUGGUUUAAUUUACACACCAUAUGAAUACCCCUACACGCUGGCACCAGCUACAUCAAUCCUUGAGUAUCCUAUUGAACCUAGUGGUGUAUUAGGUAUGGCUUUCCCAACGAAAGGCUAAGAAUUCAAGAACGGUCUUAACUGAUCCUUCAUCAGAUCUGAAUUUUAACAAAUGCUUAGUUUCAGCAGCCUUGAAAAAAGCUUGGCCUAGCAGUCAGUGACUUACUUGCACUUUUUUGCACAUAGAUUUAAAAUAAAAUAGUGCUAUUAAUUUGGAUUAGCUCCUAUUAUUACAGAGUAGCUGUAAUUUAUGAGUGUAUAGUAGUAUACUGACUGCUAAGUGUUCUAUAUAGUGUUUGCUUUACUAAUCACCUAAUUCAUUGCAGUUCAUACUUAUUGACUUAAAGUUUAAAAUCAUGAUCUGUAGGCUUGAAGAAUUGCUUUAAAACUUUUUUUGUGGUAGAACUGGAAGUGAUCUUAAGGUUAGCAAAUAAUUGUCAGUAUUAAAAGAUGGCAUUAUUUAAAAUAGUCCUGCUGCAAGAAAGGCACUUCAGUGAAUAUGUGACUAGUAAAGCUUAAAUGUGCUUGGGUCUAAUAGAUUUCAUGAAAUACUGUAAUUUUGGGAUUGUAAAUGAAUGGAUUAAACAGGUUAAGGCCAGGAUGUUUAAAAUAAAUGCAAUAUUAAUCUGCACAGAUAAACUUCUUUUUAAAAUUAAGAUUUGAAACUACUGUGCCUUAACUUGUUGCGUUUCUUAAAAUGAACUUUUGUAGUUAAUGACCAUUUAAAUCCAUUUUGAUAAACCUGCUGUUAAUGUUUUCUUUGAAUGUUUUCUAACUUUGUCUUGGUAAUUGCAAUUUAACUAGGUGCGGUGGCUACUAAAGUUCGAAGGCACGAUAUGCGUGUCCAUCCUUACCAAAGGAUUGUGACCGCAGACCGAGGUUAGUUUAGUUCUGCAGUUCUUGUUUGUAAGAAGUGCUUUGAGUGUACAUGAGAUUUGCAACACCACAGCUGGUUAACCAAAUACCCUAUUUUGACCCAUUCAUUAUUUUUCUCAAAAAUCUGAAUAGUUAAUACUUUAAAGCUUUGGGAAUGUUUGCAGUUUAAAAAAAAAAUAAUCUGUAAACUUGGCUUUCCCAGCUCAAUUAAAUAUAUAAGCUUUGUGAUAUAUUUAAUAUAAAUGCUAUAACCGAUUCCCUCUUUAAAACUAUUUAAAGAUCCAUCUGCAUCAGGAAACAUGAAUUCAAUGCUGCAAUAAUUAAUUUCAUCAUGUUCCCCCCCCCUCCCCGCAGUUUGUUCUUUAAAUUGGUGUAGAAAUAUCAGAUUGGUGUUGCAAAAUAAAAUGAAUGGAUGGUUGCUUAAUGAGAAAGAAGUAAAGGAAUAAAUGCCUCCUGUCUGUGUCUGGAGAAAUCUGAAGAUUUAGAUUCCUUUUUUCCAAUAAACUUUUGAGCCACUGUACUGUAUAUUAUGAGGAGGAUGCAUGUUCUCAGAUACCUGACUGAAUUCAGGAAAGGUAAGGGCUGUGAAGAUAAUACUUCAAAAGUUGUUUGAAUUUGAAUUACUAAGGGUAGGGGAAGGGAGGGUGUUGGGUUUUUUGCCAAAAUCUAUUUCUUGGUAUUUGCCUUUUGCUGCUAAAAUGUGUAACCUGAAGGAGAAACAACUUUUGAAGUCCUGUUGGUGAGAUGACAUCCAAUAUUUGGGCAUCUCUCUUAAACCCUUGAAUGGAAAGUAAAUCUUCAUUUUUCUCCUGUUCCUCAAGUGUAAUGCCUUUGGACCCCUGAAUGAAGUAUUUAAGCUUAUUGAGAAAAAUGAUAUUUUCGGUUUAUUGACAUUGGCUAGGAAUCAGUGUGUGGGCUGAAUUCUUAUCCUAUCCCUGCUGCUGACUCACUGUGGGUUUCGGCAAGUCAUUUAAUCUCUCUGUAUGUUUUCUCAUCUGUAAAAUAAGGAUAAUAAUACUUCCCUACCUCACAGGGGUGUUGUGGGGGUUCUUGUUUUGUACAGGGCUUUGAGGAUGCAAAGCAUUAUGUGCCAAGUAUUAUUAUUCUGCUUUCAUCAAAAUCACUGUUGUGCAGGCUUCCAUGAUAUCGUAAUAUUCAAAAGCCAAAUUCAAGUGACAGAUCUGACAUCUCCUAGCAUUGACUACACUUUACUUCUCACAACCUUCCAUAAAUUAACUGCAAGCAGCAGUACAGAUUUCAGUCAAUACAGUAAAAAGGGCCCUCCUGGUUAUUUGCUGUAUUGAUGUAACUUUUUAUCUUUCAUAUGAUCUUAUGCUUUACAGAAAGUGUAAAGCUGAUAACGAGACACUAUAAAGUUUUCUAGAAGAUUGCUUCUUCUUCUUCUUCUCUAUCACCACACACUAUUUACAGCCCAUUGGCUUGUUCUCAUUUCUUGAGAAUUCUUAAAUGGGCAACAGGGUAUUAAUCACAAUAAUGUCACAGCCCAUGUUUACAGAAAGAAAAAAAAAUGUUAAAAAAAAAAAAAAAAAAAGAAAAAAGAAAUAGAAAAAAUUAUUUAAACCUGGCUCUUUCAAGAGUAAAUGGGUGGUAAGGAUUUGUUUGUCUUUGGAAGUCUGACCUAAUGUUGCAAGAAUCAAUUUUGGCUAAUGGUCUUUCAUGAUCUGCAGUGGUAGUUUUUCAGGUGACAGGUGAGACUACUUUCUUGUUUCAUUAGAUAUUUGCCUGAGACGACUAGUAAAUAUACUGAUGAAGCACAAGGGGGAUAUACCAAUUUGUAGUUUCAAGUUCAUUAUUGUAGUGUUUACUCAACAUAGAUUUAAAAUAUUUUGUGAAGGGCCUAGAUGUUUCAUCUGGGUCACGUAUAAGUAAUUGAACUUAAUUAUUGGUAUCAUUUCACUCUCUUUUAAAAUACAGCCAUUUUCUGAUAAUACAGUGUUCAUCUCUAGCAAUAUAGGAAGCCCGCAGUCUUAAGUGGGUAAAUAAAUACACAUAACUUAUGAUCUGUGGGAUAAGUUAUGCAUACCUCUCUCUUUUAGCAUGAAAACCAUGCUGAUAUUUCAGGAGAAUGUUAAAGUCUUAUUUAGAUAAUCCCAGUGCGUAUUAAGAAACUUACACAAAGUUAAUUUUAGAACUGUACUUCAUGUAUUUUGAAUUUGAAACCCUAGAUUAUCACUGCACGGAUUUAACAGUUUCAGAAAAGGUUUUGAAUAGAACUUUGUUCAGCAAUAAAACAGUUUCUUUUAAUGUGCUAAAAUUAUGUUGUAAAAUUAAAAUACUGUCAAUAUUUACCAUAUUUACCUAUUUGGUUGUUCUGUCACCGGUAUACUUCUAUAGCUAUAGUCAUGAAAAACAAUGUCAGCAAACCGAAAUACUUUUUUCAAUGUGAAAACUUUUUUUAUAUAUAGUUAAAUGUCACUAAAUCGAAAUUUACAUUCAUUGGGUCUAAAGUUUUUUUGUAAAAAAAAUUCUAAACAGACUUUCAGAUGACUUUGUAGUACUACUGCAUUCACUUUUUAAGUAGGUUUUUAUUCUUUGCAUAGUUUGUUUGGGUUUGUUGUUUUGGGUUUUUUUAGAGAUAAGCACUGCAUUUAAGGCAAGAAUCCCCAAAUGUGUACAUGUUUUGCUCUUUACAGCUAAGCAUUUAGAAUUGGUGAAGGGUUGAAAAAUAUAGCUCAUUUUAACUCAGAAUAAAACCCCAGUUUAUAAAUAAUACAAAAUUGAAUUUGAUGCAUAUAACAGAGAGACUGACUGGUUUAAUUGUAAUAAACUGUAAAUGGUGUUGCACAGUUGACAAACCUGUGUGUACUGUAGAAGGCCAGAGACUUGGCAGAGGAUGUAUCACAGGUGUACUGGUAUUUUUAAAGGUAGCUUGCUUUGAAUAUAAACUCCACACGAAAUAUUAAUGCUGAGAAUUUUCUUGAAUGUUUUAUCCAAACCAACUGUCACAUAAUUUAUAUAUAAAAUUUAAUACCAUUUAAUCAAAAUUUUAAUCAGUAUCAAAAUGCUUUAAGAGUCUGUUUCUAGUAUACCUGUAAAGUGGUGAGAUUGUGCCACAUAAAAUAUUUAUUUUUAUUUUUGCUUAUUUUUGAAACAGCCGUUUUAAUUUAAACAAAUCCCACUUAGCAUGGUUCUGAAAAAAAUCAGGGAGCAUGGGGUCUCAUUUAUGUUACAGUAGUAAUUUUUCUUAGUCUUAUGAACUGUAUCCUAAAUGAUAGGCCAUUUUUAUUAUGUGAAAGUAAAUCAGCCCAUGAGAAAGAUUGCUAAAUCAAUGCUAUCUGUGAAUAUUACACCUACUGGACUUCAUUUUAUGUAAUGGCACAAAUCUGACUUUGCACUGAAUACCUUUCUCACUUUCAUCUCCUCUGCCUUAGUCAAAAUGGCAACAGUACAAAAACUUUAUCAACCUCAGAAUUUAUUAGCUAUAAUUAAGCUGUUGAAUGAGUCUUAAAAAAUAUAUAUAUUAAAAAAAAAAUCAUACUACUGUUAAGUGGACCAAGUUUGGUGAAGGAGAAUGUGAGAGAAUGAUUAAAGAAGGAACAGCUCAAGAACAUUGGGAAUGAUAACUUUCCACUUGAGAACUUUUUUAUGUUUUACUGUAAUUUGUUUGUUUUUUUGGGUUCUAUUUUUUGUUUUGGUUUGGGUUUUGUUUUGGUUUUUUUUGUUGGGUUGUUUUUGUUUUUGUUUUUGUUU